AUGGCCAGCCGAGGACAUGGUCGGUGGUUCCACCCCAAUAUUUCGGGCUUCGAAGCCGAGAAGAUUCUCCUGGAUCAGGGCAUGGACGGAUCGUUCCUGGCCCGGCCAUCGAAAUCGAAACAGGGGGACUUCACACUGUCGGUUCGACGUAACGGCAAGGUAACGCACAUCAAGAUCCGGAACAGCGGUGAUUACUAUGACCUUUACGGCGGCGAGAACUUCGCCACUCUCGCUGAACUCGUCCAGCACUACAUGGAGAAGCAGGAAAAUCUCAAGGAACGCAACGGAGAAAUUAUCGAACUCAAGUAUCCGCUCAUAUGCGCCGACCCGACCACAGAGAGGUGGUUCCACGGUCCGCUAAUGGGCAAAGACGCCGAGCGUCUCUUGCUCAACAAGGGGCGGAACGGCAGUUUUUUGGUUCGAGAAUCACAGUCAAAGCCCGGAGACUACGUCCUGUCGGUCCGGACGGAAGACAAAGUCACCCAUUUCAUAAUCCGUUGCCUGGACGGAUACUACGAUGCUGGUGGUGGCGAGAAAUUCGCCUCUCUGUCGGACCUUAUCGAUUUCUAUCGACGGAAUCCCAUGGUUGAAACAUCGGGAAUCGUUGUGCACCUGAAGCAGCCACUGAACGCCUCGAGAAUACAGGCGUCAACGAUCGACGAACGUGUCAAGCAGCUCUCCCGGGAGAACACCAGCGGGAGCAAGGCCGGCUUCUGGGAGGAAUUCGAGCAGAUCCAACAGCAGGAAUGCAAGCAUCUCUAUAGCAGAAAAGAAGGUCAGAAGGCCGAGAACAAACCGAAAAAUCGAUAUAAAAAUAUUUUGCCCUUCGACGACACGCGAGUAGUUCUCAAGAAUACCGCCGUCGACAACGGCAACGGCGCGGACUAUAUCAACGCGAACUUUAUCCGGGUGGAUGAAGAAGGCCUUUUCGACACGGAACCUUCCGCAUGCAAAGUUUACAUCGCCACACAGGGUCCUCUCGCGAAUACAAUAGGAGAUUUUUGGCAAAUGGUCUGGCAGGAGAAAUGUCGUGUCAUUGUGAUGACCACCAGGGAGGUGGAACGAGGGAAGCCCAAAUGCUGCCGGUACUGGCCCGAGGAACGCAACGAAACAGUCGAGUACUCCAACUUCAAAAUUAAGAACGUUGGCGAAUCCACGACCGGCGACUACACGCUCCGGGAGCUCGAACUUACCGACGUGCCAACAAGCGAAUUCCGCGUCAUCUAUCAUUUUCAUUUCACCGCCUGGCCCGACCACGGCGUCCCCGGCGACCCGGGCUGUGCAUUGAAUUUCCUGGAACAAGUCAAUUCCAAACAAGAGUCCUCGGGUCCGGACGCGGGGCCCAUCGUCGUGCACUGCAGCGCCGGUAUCGGCCGAACUGGGACGUUCAUUGUGAUCGACAUGAUCGUCGAUGAGAUCAAACGCAGGGGGCUAGCCUGCGAAAUCGACAUCAUGAAGACUAUUCGAAUGGUACGCCGCCAGCGCUCCGGCAUGGUCCAGACGGAAGCCCAGUAUAAAUUCGUCUACCUCGCCGUGCAGCAAUUCAUCGAGAUCAUGCAUCAGCGAUUGAUGGCCGAGCACAAGUAUACGGUUCUAGGUCGUGACUACACCAACAUAAAGUACAGCGCGGGAGCGCCCCCCCUCUCGCCGUCGGUUCCCAUGACCCCGCUGUACCCUCCUGCGUCCCCCGGAAUCCCGCCCCCGAGCUUCGAUACUGUCACAUCGAGACCGUACUUUGACCAGGGCGUGAUGCCUCCGAAACCUGUGGGACACAUUCAGCAAAAAAGUCUUCCACUUCCGCCGCCUCUAACGCCGACGGCAUCCAGUUCCGGUCCAAGCACGUCAACGCUCUACGAGAACGUCCCGAUAAAUCCCAAAGGUUUUUUGGAGGGUGCUGCUAGUUCUUCGAAAUGA